CAUUACUUUUUAUUAUUCAAGUGCUAUCACUAUAAAUAUGAAUUUUAGAUUUGUUCUAGUGUUAUUCCAACCAUAACAGAUAUCAUAUCAAAAAUACCAGUAAGUAUAAAUUCAAGUUCAUAUGAAUCACAUACUAUAAAAACUACGUAUAGGAAAAAAAAGACCAUAAUUGACAUUUCAAUUUUUACAUAAAAAAAAAAAUUAAUAUAAAUAUUCACACACACAUCCACACACACACAUAAAAAAUGAGCCCUUUAUAUUUCUCAAACAGUUAUUAUUUAUUAUUCUUCUCCCCAUUUUCUUUUUCUUUUUUGGAAUAUUCAAUUUAAAAUCCAAAGAAAUGCAAGUAUAUGCAUUAAAUUCUGUUUUCCCCAGUUUUAUCGGUUCUCUUCAGUUUGUCUACAGACUUAUCUUUGGGUCUCAGAUCAGCAAUAUAACGGGGUUACAGACAGUAGGAAAAGAAGAGGUGCAGUGUGGCAGAAAAGGUGAAUAAAAUGUGUUUCUUUCCUGUUUAGCUGUUCAUUUAAAACUCAAGAUCUCAGAGACCAAACAGUAACAUGAUAAUUUUCAUUUGUUAAUUUAUAUUUUUUUUAUCGCUCAUUGUUGCUGAAUCCUUAAAAUCAGUUAUAUUUCAGGAAGAAUCCAACGAUGGUGGUUUUUUCGUGUCCAGCGGAGGAUUUCCCUUUACCCACCAGGAACCCAGGCCAGUGUCUUCCGGCUCUGUCUUCCCGCCCCGGAUUAUCGUUAUUAUUUUAACACCGUUUUGAAUCUGGAUGAGCUUUAGGUUUAUUCAAACCUACUGUCUCAGGUGAGACAGACAGGAGGAGACAGUACAAAUGACAGACGUUAAGGAUGACAGAGAUUUAGGAUUAAAGUUCCUGAGCUUUGUGUUUCAAACAUUUUAGUUUUUUUUCAGUAACAUAACGGUGCCUCUUUAAUACUGACAUUUACCUGGGCUCAUUUCUGUGGAUAAAGGAGACAAUUUACGGAAAGUGUUCUGCCUUAAAGACAAUACUUUGCGGGAGUCCCGCAGAGCUGAACCCUGAUCUGUCAUUGUCUUGACCACUUUUGUAGCCAUUUAGAACAAGAACAAAAAGAAUGGCUGGAGAAAAUUGCUCCUCCUUGACUGAGUUCCACCUCCUGGGAAUUACUAAUAAGCCUGAGAUCAAAGCCACCAUAUUCACCAUGUUUCUGGUGGUUUAUCUCAUUAUUCUUGUGGCAAAUCUUGGAAUGAUCAUUUUAAUUAGAAUGGACUCCCAGCUUCAAACACCAAUGUACUUUUUCCUCAGCCACCUCUCCUUCUGUGACCUCUGCUAUUCUACAGCAGUUGGACCCAAGAUGCUGGUGGACCUCUUAGCCAAAAACAAAUCAAUUUCCUUCUAUGGCUGUGCUCUGCAAUUCUUCAUUUUCUGUUUCUUUGCAGAUUCUGAGUGUCUCCUGCUGGCAGUGAUGGCCUUUGAUAGGUACAAGGCCAUUAGCAACCCCUUGCUCUAUAGAGUCGACAUGUCCAGCAGGGUGUGCUCUGCGCUCAUGGCUGGGGGUUACCUGGUGAGCAUGGUGGAUGCCUUGAUACACACCACGUUAACUUUCCACUUAUGUUUCUGUGGGUCAAAUGAAAUUAAUCAUUUCUUCUGUGAUUUACCUCCACUUUUCCUCCUUUCCUGUUCUGAUAUUCAGGUCAAUGAGUUGGCAUUAUUCACUGUUUUUGGCUUCAUUGAACUGAGUACCAUUUCAGGGGUUCUUGUCUCUUACUGUUACAUCAUCCUCUCAGUCUUAAAGAUCCGCUCUGCCGAGGGAAGGUUCAAAGCUUUCUCCACCUGCACCUCCCACUUAACGGCUGUUGCAAUUUUCCAGGGAACAGGACUUUUCAUGUAUUUCCGACCAAGUUCUGCCUACUCUCUAGAUCAAGACAAAAUGACCUCAUUGUUUUAUACCCUUGUCAUCCCCAUGUUAAACCCUUUGAUUUACAGCCUACGGAACAAGGAUGUGAAAGAGGCUCUUAAGAAACUUAAAAAUAAAAAUUGGUUUUAUUGAAAAAUUAUGUAUGUAUUUUCUCACAGUGUUUCACUAUAAUAUGUGGAAAUCAAAUUUGUUUCAACUAAUUUGGUAUAUUCUAAUAAGUAUUUAUAUUGUAACCCACAUGU